AUGCGGGUCGUGUAUCUGAACCUCAUGAACCCCAAAGAGGCUCAGAAAGCACCCAGAACCUCCAGGACCGUUAACAGCAGAAGGAACAGGACCACCCCUCCAGACGACAUCACCCCCAGGGCACCGCCUCUGCAGCGCCUGAGCACCGAUGCCAGGGCAAGCGUUGGUGCUGAAACUUCAAGCUCGAACGGGGCACUUGGCAUCCAGAGCAGAAAUCCCGCUGACGUUGCCAGGUACAACCCGUAUCAUCAACUCCCCUCCACACCAACCUCAAGAGGUGGGGAGGACAGUUAUGCCCGUCUCUAUCAGACCCAAGAGAAGACGGAGGCAGCCUCCAAAGCAGGAAAACUUAAGAAUCCUGAGCCCAAUGAGGGCUCUUCUUACAGGCCUCUGUCGGAAAGUGAAGAUGGCCCAACUGCCCUGGAGAAGGUGGGUGCAUCCGCUGCUCCACCGCCACCAGGGCGGCUGCACUUGGAGAAGAAUUCUUCGGAAAGCGUCACAUUUUCAUGUACUCUGCACUGGACGGAUGAACGGGCAUCGGAAGACCUGCCAUAUCUGCAGCCCCCUUUAAAGACUCGGUGCUACAGCAGCGCCCGCCCAGCCCUGCCCCGCCCGGCACUGCCGCCGCCAGCGCGCUCCGGGGGGAGCGGGGCGGCGCGGACUGGACGGAGUCGCAGCAGCCGCUACCCGGACCGCAGCCGCGCAGACACCGCCCGCGACGCAGCCGCCCGCCGCUCCUCUGCCGCUUGGCUCCGAGCCCCAGCCCAGCUCUGCCGCAGCGGCCGCGAGGAGGGGCCGCCGGAGCGCCACUCGGGAGCACGGGUCCCCGCCCGGCCGCCGCAGCCACCGCCAGGCCUCCGCGAGCGGCGCCCAAGCUCUCACGACCCGGGCGCUCGGACCCUACGCCAACCGCGCAGCCACCUGCUCCGGGCCCGGGGCCGGGACACGAUGCGUUCCGCGCUGGCCCUCUCGGCGCUGCUGCUGCUGCUGCCUCCGCUGCCGUCGCUCUCCCAGGAUGGCACCUCAGCCACAACCGUACCUGCUACAACCACAGGCAAGUCAAGCCCGGUUCCAACCACAGCCAGCCAAAGCACAGCUCUAGCACCCAGUGUCCCAGGGGUGACUUCAGCCCCAGCCCCGCAAAGCACAGCGACAGCACCCAGUGGCGGAGAUAAAGCAGACUCAGGCGGCACUACCACCAUUGCGGGGGGCCCAAAGCAGGUGCAAGAUUCAAGCCAGACUACACCUACACCAACGGCUGCCCCGACGACAAAGCCCAAGCCGGAAACCACAAGCGUCCAGAGUGAAAUGAAAACUACAGCUCAAGCUGGGGCCCCAAGUAGCGUUACUACAAACAUCGUGACCACUCAGCAAGGACAUCAGGCGACCCCUCAACCUCCACAUGGGGUUAACACCCCAGAUACCACUUCUGCUGCUCCUGCCUUGACCACCUCAAGCACUCACCAACCGACCCCGGGCCCUGGGACGCCGAGUCCCCCAGGGACCUCUCCUGAGGGGCCAACCAAAAUGACCACGGCUUCCAGGAGCCCAGGGACCACGCCGACGGGGGAUGCAGGCACAUCUCAGGGGACACCUACCCCACCAGCCCCACUGGUUACCUCACAAGGAAAACACCCCAUCUCCAGCAAUGUGCCAGCCAUCACGGGGACCCUUUCCUCCGUCGCUGGGACCUCUCCUGGGGCCUCUACGUCUGAGCCCCCGCAGCCGGCAGCACCUUCAUCGGGACCCGCGGCCACGUCUCCUGUGGGACCCCCAGGCUCCAGCCCUCCCCUGGCUCCAACUGCCCCCCAAGACUCCAACAUCCCUUCUUCCCCCUCAGCUCCUGGGCAUGGCAGGGUAAAAUGUGAGCCUCCGGAAAAGCUGAAUGAGAAGAUGCUCAUCCUGAACCUCACGAAAACCAGCCUCUGUGCGGGGGACCCCAAGAACCCUCUGGAUGACAAGCUGGUCACACUUCUGUGCCGAGCAGCAAAGGCCAACUUCAACCCAAGUCAAGAUCAGUGCCAUAUACGCUUGGUGCCUGAUCCAGAAACCCAGGCCGUGGCAAUCAAAGAAAUCUCUAUCCUGACUAACCUCCUGCCCGAGGACCUCUAUGAGCCGCUGAAAGACAAAUGGGAUGACCUGAAGGAGGUGGGCGUCAGUAACAUGCAGCUGGGGGGCCAAGGACCACCGGAGGAGACCGAGGACCGGUUCAGCAUGCCCCUCAUCAUCACCAUCGUCUCCAUGGCAUCCUUCCUGCUCCUCGUGGCAGCCCUGUACGGCUGCUGCCACCAGCGCCUCUCUCAGAGGAAGGACCAGCAACGACUCACAGAGGAGCUGCAGACAGUGGAGAAUGGUUACCAUGACAACCCAACACUGGAAGUGAUGGAGACCUCAUCAGAGAUGCAGGAGAAAAAGGUGGUCAACCUUAAUGGGGAGCUGGGGGACAGCUGGAUCGUCCCCCUGGACAACCUGAUCAAGGAUGACCUGGACGAGGAGGAGGACACACACCUCUAAUCAGGUCUGCCGGCGCCGCCGACAGGGCACAGAGCUCCAGACUGAACCACCUCAAGUGCCAACUGGACAGGGGAGGAAAGUCCCUCCCCACGUGAGGGAAAGACUGGGGGUGGGGGGAUGCGCAGACUCAGAGGGACCCGCCCUCCAGUCCCCACAGGGCCUUAAUAUUUCCCUUUUCAAGCUGAACAAAUCACAUUCUGUCUAGAUUCCUCUUGUAAAAUAACCCACUAGUGCCUGAGCUCAGUGCUGCUGGAAGACGAGGAAGAGAAAUAAAAGAAAGAGCCAUAUGAGGGACCUUAGGGAUCAUCUGGUAGAAUCCCUUCGUUUCGCAGACGAGAUGACGGAGGCCUACGGAGGGUAAGGUCAAGAUCACACAGCCGCUUGGUGACAGAGUCAGGAUGAAAACAGACUCCUUCAGAUCAGUGCUCAUCCCCACCUUGCCACCUGCUCGGAUCACCGGCGCCCUCCCUCCGGAGCUGCCCUGGGCAGGGGUGAGGCGGCAGUCUAUGGAUGGAUGGGGCAGAAGGGAGAGCGGGGCCAGGUCCCGUCUCAGUGGGAUCUGAUUACUUGAAAGUCUGGGUCCCAAGGUCAGCGUCCUACCCCAGCCUCGUCUGUCAGUGUUCCCAUCCCCUUUGCUCUUCCCCUCCCUUCACUCAAUUUUUAUUCCCACUCUGCCUUGGUGCCCUGGACUCACAGGUCACUCAUGACCUUGAACCCCUUGUUCUGAAUUCUGGUUUCUUGGCCUUUGCUUAGGAGGUUGGGACGUAACCCACGCAGGACUCCCAGUGUGAACGAGGUCUGCUAAGGGUCUGUCUUUAGAGAGCAGCAGGGGGCGCCCUUCCUCCCGGGUGGGUCCUGCCCAUCACCACAGGCUCCUCUGUUCCUUUGGCCUCCCAUUUCCAUGGGGGACUUCAAUCCACAGCAGCUACUGAAGGCAAAGUGUUCCUAGUUUGUUGUUUACUGCUCAUCAGAUGGGGUGAGACCCAAGCUAGGGACCCUCUUCCCCCAAGAUCCAGUGUGAAUGAGCAGCUUCAGGAAGGACCUCCCCGGUCCCCAGCCAGCAGAGAGGUGUCCUAAAGAGACAAUCGGUGAAACAGCCACGAAGGGUGGGCUUUCUCUCUCUGUCAUAGGAAACUCAGGGACUUUUCAAGUUGCUGAGCGUUUUGUUGUUUUGAUGUAUCUGUUUGUUUGAUUUUCAACCCAGCCCUCUACUGCCCAAGGCCAAAGCUCAAUUUAUAGGGAGACUCUCAGGCAGGUAAUCUCACCGAUUGCGAGUCUCCUGAGCCCCAGGGGAUGAGCGGUGAGCGUUUUAAGGUGCGCACGGGGCAGCCUGGGAGACCGGGCGUCUGUCUCUUCCCAGCAGCCUUGCUGUUCUGCCUAGGAACCGUGUCCUCUUCUCGGGUCCUGGGGGCUGCCCAGGUGUCCUGCAGUUGCUGGUGGCAUCUCAGGGAAACCAAAUAUUUCUCAGUGGAGGGAUGUCGGGGAAGCUCAGCAGUUAGUGCCGUGGAGACGGCACCUGGGGACUGGGCAGAGUGAGGCUUAAUCUGACUUUCCGAGAAGAGAAUCCUGUGUGGAGUUUUGCACUUUGCGCAAGGUCUCUUGUUCCUGGGCCUCAGUUCCCUGGAAGCAACCAGGAAGAUGGGCAGAACUGCUCAGGGGAACGAGAAAAAGCCAGAACUCUAGAACCUAGAGGCAGGCCCUGCCAUGGCUCUGAUGAAAUCGGCUCUCUGCUUUGGGAUAGGUUCUUUGUUUUAAAGGGUAAGAGCUGAGGGGUAAGCUCUAUGUCCUUCCCUGGCUGCCAGAUUCCUUCAUAGCCUUUAGCCCUUUGGCCUUGGUGUUCAAGUUGAGGCCCCAAUGGCUUUCCCAAGAGCUAGAGAGAUGCGAGGCCAACAAGGAUCCAAAACCAUCUGCCCUGAUCUACUCUAGUGUGUGGAGUCGGCAGGAGGGAGAACGAUGCCAGUUUGGGGAAAUGAGGAAAUCUUGUCCUUUCUGCCCCAGUGGGUUUGUCGUGGCCACUGGGGGAGGGGCCAGGGUUCUCCUCCUUUGUCAUUCUGGGUCAUGUUUCCCAGACUGAGCGAGCAAAUAUGUCUGAAAAUUGGCCAAAGCCACUCCCCCCAGGCCUGGGCGGGGGUGGUGGGGGUUAAGGGGGGGAGCGAUGAAGCUUAGCAAAGCUUGGUCAAGAGGAAUGACUGGCUCUGCCCAAGGAGAUACUUAAGAAGCUUUGGGCUGGGCUGGAGGCUCCUUCGUUUGGUGCAUCCAAAGUGUGUUUCUCUAGCCUUUGGGGCAACUUCCGAGUCCAAUCCCUUGCCUUGGCUUCUCUUGCCACUAGACAUCUAUGUCAAGGCCACACGGCCGCGCACCUGUAAAGGCCUUCCCGCCUCUUCCUGGGUUCUAACUGCUGUCGGGGAGCCAGGUCCCGGGCUGAGGAGAGGGGCACGCCAGGAACACAGCCGACUGUAAACAGGUUGUGCCCACAGAGAGGUUACAGACGCUCUCCUGCGUGACACACUGGGUCCCCUAAGCCAGUGGUCGGCAAACUGCGGCUCGUGAGCCCAGGUUUGCCACUCUGUUGACUAAUGAGUUUGCUGACCACUGCCCUAAGCCACGUAAAAGGCCAGAAGCUGUGAAUCUGACGAUUGAACAAAUCCCGUGGGAAGUGUGCUUGCCACGAGAGCGAGAGAAGCCACAAAGCUUUGGAAGGACGAACAGAAUAUUCUGGAAUCGUGAGAGAGAAUACGGGUUUAAUCUAGACAGAUUCCUUUCCCCCCUCUUGACAAGGAAAGCUAGCAGAAAGUUUAUUUAAACUACUUCUGAGCUUUAUCCUUUUGGACAAUAUGCUGGAGAAACUUUGAAAAACGAGUUCAAGCUGAUACAUCUAUAGAUAUUUUGGUAAUGUAUAUAAAAUAGCCACGUUAAUAUUCACCCAGCACUGUUUUAAGUGAGUAUUCUUUGGAAAAACAUUUGUAAGAGAGAUGGCUUUUUUCUCUGCACAGGAAUGUAAACGUCUAUUUUACUAGAAAUGAUGUUUCUUGAAUGAAAAGUGUAAGACAGGCUGAUGACACAGUGUUUGUCUGGCAUUGGGCAUUUUAAUUUGAAAAUCGAUCCUCACUCUCCCCACAGUCCACCCUGUACGGCGAGGGCUGCCGUCAGCAUGCACUGUCUGGAAAGUGACAGUCACAGGAAGGGGGUGGUAGAGACCUAGUCUAAUCUUUUUUUAAUCUUAAACAGAAAACCUGGAGCCCAGAAAGAUAAAGUGACCUGGCCCAAGUCACAUAGUGACAGAAACAGGAUUAAAACCUGCGUUGGAAGCCUGCCCAGUGCUCUGUGCCCCAGAGAGAACCCCUAAAUUCAGGACUGCUAAUCGAGCACAGGCCACCCCCGUGACAAAGGGCAGAAUUCCCUUCUCCAUCCUGCCCUGCAGCAAGGCAGCAGCAAUAGGAACUUACUGUUCUUCUACACUUCCUCCUAGUUAUUCAGGUCUAAGACUUAAAUGAACAAUUCUUUUGUCAAGAAAACAGCUUUGAGUGAGCUGUUACAUAUGCAUCUGCUACUAGCGGACCACGGAUCAAAGGGAACAAGAUGAGGAAAGGCCGAUUCACUCAGGCCUGGUGCAAACCCAACACUGAGGGAGAAGAGGGGGUCGCUAUUGGAUGUGGGUCUCUCUGUUGUUAGUGGAUGUUAAACCGUUUGCCCAGGAGGCUGUCUUGGUGGACAGGGGUCUGAAGUACACUGGAAUUUACUGAGAAACUUCUUUGUAAAGGCUAUACUUAAUUAUUGCCAUUUUCUUACAAAAAUAUAUUUUUGAAAACUGUAUACUGUCCAUUAAAGUGCUUUUGUGUAAGCUG